UUCCGUUGUUGCAUGUUUUGAGAACAAUUAACAAAAAUUUCAGUUGUCAUCUCAACGUGUCUAAGUAAUAAUGUUAUAACAUAUCAAUCAAGAAUUGAUUUGCAAUUAUUAUAUACAUUAUAGCAUGAGAUUAUUCUGAAAUAAUUAUGUCUGCCCUGUUUAAUUUUCAGAGUCUUAUGACUGUGAUUUUAUUAUUAAUAUGUACAUGUGCAUAUGUACGGUCAAUCAUACCUCGAUUAAUUGAUAGGAAAAAAGUUGGACUAGGUGGUAUUUUUUGGAAAUGUGCUAGGAUUGGUGAGAGAAAAAGUCCUUAUGUGGCAAUUGGCUGUCUAUUUAUGGCAUUUAGUAUAUUAUUUUGGACCUAAGGAUGUAAAUUGUGGAUAAAUGAAUAUAAAAUUAAUUCAUUUUUACAUUUUUAAUUUUUUACAUAUUUUGUACAUGGCUUACAAGGUAAUGAAUUUAAUUAAACAUCAACACAUUACACUACGAAAUAACAUACUAAUGUACCACAAUAUUAAAAAAAGUAAUAAAAAAAUUUGAUAUAAAUUA